ACACCACCUACCCAGGGUCAAGGGGCCAGUUGCAGCGGCACCAAUGGGCCAGGUGGAGUUUGAGCUAGCCUGCGCGGCGGUCAAGGAGCUCAAGGGUCCUGUGAGCGACGGGGAGAAGCUGCUGGUGUAUAGCUACUACAAACAGGCCACCCUGGGCGACUGCAACAUUCCGGCACCGCCUGCCACGGAUGUGAAAGCCAAGGCCAAAUGGGAGGCGUGGACCAAGAACAAAGGGAUGACCAAGAUGGACGCCAUGAGGAUUUAUGUUACCAAAGUGGAAGAGCUGAAGAAGAAGGAGGAGGGUUAGGGAGGAUGGCCAGGUGGGGGGACAGAUUGGGCCCUCCUCCUCUGACACGUAACCCUGCUUCCUACGCCUUUGGAAGACACAGGGCAGAGAGGGCCUGCAGUGGUAGCAAUUUUAGCUAAGACAUCAAU